AUGGCAACUAGAGAUGAAGAGGUCUAUGACUAUCUGUUUAAAGUAGUAAUGAUUGGGGACUCUGGUGUUGGCAAGAGUAAUCUACUAAUGCGCUACACAAAAGGAGACUUCAAUAUUGAGUCAAAGACUACCAUAGGAGUGGAGUUUGCUACUAAAUCUAUCAAAACAUAAGACAAAAAAGUCAUUAAGGCCUAGAUUUGGGAUACUGCUGGUUAGGAGAGAUAUAGAGCUAUAACGAAUGCUUAUUACAGAGGAGCAGUAGGAGCGUUAUUAGUUUAUGAUGUGACUUCGAUGCAAAGCUUUUAACAUGUUGCAAACUGGCUAAAGGAACUGAAAUAAUAUGCAGACAGUAAUAUAGUAAUCUUGUUGGUCGGGAAUAAAACUGAUCUCAAGGACAAGAGAGAAGUUAAAAAGGAAGAUGCAGCACAAUAUGCUGAUUAGCAUAGCCUUGCUUUUAUUGAAACUUCUGCCCUUGAUUGCUCAAAUGUAGAUUUAGCCUUUGAUAGAAUUAUUAAUGAGAUCUAUAAAGUCAUCAGCACGAAUCCUUAGGAAGAUGAAGAUUCCCAGUACUCAAGAUAGUCUGAUAAAACCAAAACUGGUGGAGCAUAAGGAGAUGACUCAAAGACAUAAGGAUCAACUAAGGCAAGCUCUGUUAAAUAGCCAGGUGUAAAAUUAACUUAAAACCCAGACACAAAAUAAUCUGAUAAAAAGAAGAAAAAGUCUAAGUGUUGUGAAUGA